GUAAACAACCGGAGUUUCUUUUCUGGCCGACUAUCAGAUUUUUCACUUUUUUGUGGUUCAGACUUCAGACCUACUGGUCCAUAUUAUUAUUGAGUUUUGUUACGUGAAAGAAAGUUUAUAGUGCUAGUUUGUUGAAUGAGUUUUCCUACGUCGAUGAAAGUUAAUUCGAUUUAAAAUAAUUCUUCGGAUAGGAACACUCACUUGUGAAUAUGCAUUGUAAACCUAUUUUGACGUAUUCUGGAGAUACCCGUUUGUUCAAAAGCUUGGAGCCGCACAUCAUCGCCUCUCUACCAUCAGACACUGCCGAAUGGAAACGGUCAUACGGACGUCCGGUAAAAAAUGUUCGCGUUGAAGCCAGCUUCAAACCAUUCGAAUCGUCCAAACUGGAAAAAUAUAACACUGGUAACUGGAACAUCGUAGACCAUCCGGUUUUGCACCUAUAUGUAACGGAAUGUAACGACGUUGAAGCAUACCGUGCGUCCGUAAAGGAAGAAAUUGAUCAGUGGCUUAAAACGUUGAACAACUAUAAUGUGACCGACUGGAUGAUCGUGCUGGUCGAAACAUUGGAUAUUAAGAAAUCCAAAAACAUCCUUCCCAGAACAACCGUACUGGAUAAAAUUCGGCUGGAUUUUGCAUCCAAGAAUGGGGAUCGUUGCUUAUCCGUACUAAAUCCAACGAAAUUUGAAAUGAAAGCAACGGAAUCGUUCCGUUGUCUGUUGCAGAGGAUUCGCCACUUGAUGCUAACUGGCUAUAACAAAAAUAUUGUCAAAUAUGAGGAUUUGAUUCGUUCUAAUCGAGAAAAUCGUGUUCAGGAACAUUGGAAUUUUAUCGACUAUUUCCUACUUCAGGAGCAACUUGCGUUUGUUUUGGAAAUGCUUGGACAAUACUCGGAAGCAUUGGUGCAAUAUGAUGAGUUGGAUGCUCUAUUCUCCCAAUUUAUCCUGAACUCGGUGUACGGAGAAAAACAGAAAUGGUUGGAAAUAUUUGACCAGCCACUGUUUGCUUUUCAUGGGAUUUCACUUAAUCCGACUAAAAUGGAAGAAACAAGGAAAAAAAUCAUUAAUCAGUCUGUUAAUUUAUUGGAAUUUCGAAGUUACUUAUUCGAGCGUCAAUGUUUGCUUCUGGAUGCGAACGAGAAACCAUGGGAAAUAGCUGAAAGACUAUUGCCGUUUCUGUUCUCGACCUUGCGGGAGAUAGAAGCUUUGAAACUAGAAACACCGGAAGGCUCGCUGGCAUGCUGGGAAUUUGUAUGUGCACUUGAAGUUCUUAAUCUGUGCGAUAAAGUUCAGGAAUCUAAAGAUAUUCACAAAUGCUCACAAUAUUCGGCUCCAAUAUGGAAUUUAGCAAAGGAUAAAUUGUACAGCUUGGGUAAACAGUGCGGGUUACUGCCAGGGCAGACGCCGACUUCAGAACAACUGCACACUGUUGUUCACUUAUCCGCUGGAAUGGGCGAUACCAUUCCAGAAAGUGGCAGCAGAACAACACUCGAAGUCGAGGUGAAAGACAGAAAAUCUCAUUCUCCAGUUCGAAAGCCUAAAAAGUCUGCCACUGACAGCCUGAAAGAAGCGUUGGGAUCUAAUCAGGCAUUCACCAAAUUGUAUCUGGAACUUAGCGAAUUGGCAAUCAGCACCUAUAAACACGUUUCCAGGUUGCGUUCGGCACGAUUGGUUGGAUUUGACCUCGGAAGCUUCUACAUAACUCUGAACGAACCGCAGAAAGCUGUCGGAUUCUUUACAGACUUACUACGGGAACUGAAAAACGAAAACUGGGACUAUCUAGCCAGUCAAACGCUACUGGCAUUGGCCUGCUGCUACCAGAAAAUGGAUGAUAGUGUGAACUACACCAAAACAUGCAGUGCAAUUUCGUGCAGUUUGGAUUUGGAACUGCCUGUGCGAAAUUUCUACUUUAAAGAAUUUCAUGCAUCACUGAAACUGUUGAAGGAGCUCAGAAGUACGGACAUAAAUGCACUGAAUGUAACAUCGGUUUUGGAGGAUCAUUUCCAGAUCGUCGAUAUUUGUGUAGCACAAAAUUCCAUAAUUCAAGACGACGUAAUCUCAGUUAUUCUGAAAAUAGAAAGCAACUUUCCUCGUGAGAUCGAUUGCGAGCAAAUUCUGCUCUCCUUCGAAAUGGACUCCAAGCAGAGUCCAGAAUCAUCCGCAUCCCAAGUAGCACUACCUGAAAUGUCCGUGGCUCUACCGUUCACAUUGCAUCUGGACUACAAACAGGACAACACGUUGAGUUGUGCUUCGGUAGCAUGCAACAAUAAGGUCAAGCAACCGGUCCGAAGAACAAGCAGCACAAGGCGCAAAAUUUCUCCCACCCAACGGUCAGACUUUACGAAUUGUGUUGGAUGUGAAAAAUUACUGCUCAAACCAGGAAUGAACACUAUUGAAUUGACGGCCAAAGCCAAACGUGUUGGUUCCUGGUGCUUCAAACAAUUGGCUAUUCAGAUUGAAAGUGCUGAGUUCCUGACUGAAAGCCUACCGGUUGGCCUACCAGUUUUCGAUAUAGUGACUAAAGCGUCCUUGGCCGUUUUGAAUUUCAUGAAUCUUGUGGCCGGUGUAGAGCAACCCGGUAAGCUCAUCAUUUCCGGUGGUAGCUUCCGUUUCCCGAAAGACGCCAACAUUAUAUUGAAAUGUUCGAAAAAUCUCAAAGUGCGACUCGCUACGCAGGUGGAAGAAAACGCACCGAAAGCCCCGUUUCAACGGGAGCUACUGAUCGGCCUACAAGAUUUUCAAUCAUUUGAAAAACGUGUCAUCGAUUUGGAAGCCCUGUGCGAUCUACCCGGUAGACGAGAAGAGAAAGCAAUCGAACAGAAAGUGGUGCUUCAGGUUCCCUGGAGUCGGAAUGAAAUUCAAAUUCCACUUCACUUCCUACCAGCACUGACCGCAUCGUGUCGGUUACACUCUUCCGGCUCGAGGAAAUUCCUACAAGUAAUUCUGAAAGGAGUCAGUGAACACAGGCUCAUUCUGAAGGACGCAUCCAUGUCGUGUUCGGCCGAAGGCGUAACAAUAAUCGACGUGAACCCAAAGUCCCAAAAUGAAAUUAUUAUGACGAAAGGUUUGUCGAUUUCGUAUCUUUACGAAAUACAAGUAGAAGCACUGAAAGCAGAGAGCGAAUUGCCCGUAAUUCACGUGGAUUUUCGAAUGAAUUUCGCUGAUAUUAAUCUGCCAGAAGAUAAUCGAUACUACAUUCCAUAUACGGUCACAUUCGAUGUGAUGGAUUAUACAACACUGUUCACAAUAUGUGCUAAAAUUGAGCCAUCCGAAUUGUGUCGGGUUAACUCGGUCUGUCAUCUAAAUCUGCGCAUAUCCAAAGUACAUGCCAACCCAUUCUCUGACCUGAUGUAUGAGGUAUUGGCCGAUCAGAACAUGUGGGUGGUUGUAGGACGAACAGCCGGAGUCAUCUCGAUGGAGGAAGUUGAAAGCCAUAGCAUCACGCUGGACGUGCUUCCGUUGACCGCAGGGUUUUUGCCGCUGCCUAAUAUUCGUCUGUCGAAGUACAUCUCAGCGAACAAAUCAAAAACAGAUGUCCAUCCACGGCUGCAACCGUUCCCACCGGGACAGAUCUAUAACUCGACCAAGAGCAUGCAAAUACACGUACUAGCUAGUAGCAAUACAGACGCCGCCUAAAACGUUUUCCUGUCAGUUUUUGUUAUUUAUUGAAAAAUAUAGUGUAUACAUUAUAGUUCGUUGUAUUAUGAUUGAAAACUUACACUUAAUCGGAAACUAUCAAAUAUUAGAUACUGAUACUACUUA